GAAACAUGCGCAGUGAUCAUUUCCGCUGUCUUAUGCUUUUUAUAAUUUUCCCACUUUUUCAAUAAACAUGGAAACCUAUGUGAACCAGUUGUUAAAAGAUGCCGAUUUAUCGGUUGUUACAAAGAAGCAUGUAAGAAUGAAAUAUAAAGAGCAUGUGGGACGUGAGCUGAACCCUGAUGAAAAAUCCAAGAUAAAUGACAUGGUUUAUGCCUUUGUGAAGGAAUUGUCAGCUGCAGCCCAGAAGCAAAGCAAUGAGUUGGAAACCCCAGAAAAGACUUCAGUCUCACAGGAAGAAUCCCCUGGAAACAAAGAAAAUAAACAGUCAAACCAAAAGUCUUCAACUUUCAUAAUUAAAGGUCAGGUUGUGGACAGAAAUGAUCUAUAUAAAUCCAACAGCAAGAAAACGAAAGAAAAGUCACCACCUGAGAAACAGAAAGUUGAUGAGAUCAAUAAGAAAAAGGAGACACCUGAAUCAAAGCCAGAAACUAAAUCUGAAAAAUCCUCCUACUCAAAACAAAAAGCAGCUGCUGCUAAACUCAAGAUUAAUGAAGUGAUGUCUGCCGUACUAGGUCCAGACAAAGAUGAAAGUUCUAGCGAAGUAUCAAGCGUGAGUAGUCUGACAGAUACGUCAUUGUCUGAGGUAGAGGAGGAGCUGGAGGCUGGGGAACAGAUCAAUGAAGCACUAGAGAAAUUAAAGGCGGCAAGAGAGAAAAAAAUACAAAUGUCAAUUGAGAAGAAAAACAAGACAGGGAAAAAAGAGAAAGCAAAGACAAAGACAAAGGCAAGAAGAAGUUUAGCUAUGGAAGUUUCAAAACUGAAAGACAAAAAACCUAUAAAAGCUGGGGAUGAUUCUGAGGAAAUAAUUCUGAUAAGUGAUCUUGCUUCUGCGGACAGUGAUGUAACAAAUGAAAGACUGGCUGGAAAUGAUUUGAAAGGAAAAGACUCUGGUAACAUGAAAAAACUUAGAAAUGUGAUGAAAGAUUCUUCAAAACCAAAUUCUGAUUCUGGGGAAUUGAAACUAACAAGAACACCACAAAGUUAUGAUAAGCACAAAAAGUGGAUAACUGGUAAGAAAUUUGUGGAUGGUUCAGAGAAAAAGAAAAAAUUUGUAAAAAGAAAAAGAAAGAAAAUUGAGGAUGAAACUACUAGUGAUUCUGAUUCCGAAGAUGAGGAUGAUGUGAAAAAAACAGUCAGACAGAGAAAAGAUUUAAGGCAGAGGAAGACUAACAAGAAAAAGAUUGAAGUCGAUAAGGAUUUGGAAUCAGAUUCAGAAGAUGAAACGUUGGAUAAAAUUGCAGCAAGGUGUAAUAAUAGUGCAAAGUCUGUUGAGGACAAAGUUGAUAAAAUCAUGAAGGAAAAGCAACGUGAUAGGCAUACUAGGGAGGGAAGUAACGCUACAAAUAAAACGCAUUCUCAAAAAUCUGAAGAAACUAAUAUUGAUUCAGAUGUUAGUAAAGGGGAUACUCCUUUAGCAAAGAAAAAGAAGGAAAAGUCUACUAAAGUAGGUAGUGAUUCAGAACAUAGUACCGGGGAUACCCCUUUAGCAAAGAAAAAGAAAGAAAAGUCUACUAAAGUAGGUAGUGAUUCAGAACACAGUACAAGGGAUACGCCUUUAGCAGAGAAAAAGAAGGAAAAGUCUACGAAAGUGGGUAGUGAUUCAGAACACGGUACUGGGGAUUCUCCUCUAGCAAAGAAAAAGAAAGAGAAGUCUAAUAAAGUAGGUAGUGAUUCAGAACAUAGUACUGGGGAUACUCCUUUAGUUAGAAAGAAAAAAAUAAAGAAGAGGGUGAUAUUAGACUCUGAUUCAGAAUCUGGUAUGGGUAAUACGCCUUUAGCAGAGAAAAAAUUAGGGAAAGUUUCUGAGAAUUCCAAAAAUAAAACUGACAAUGAUAAUGGGAAAGAAACCUCUAAGAAAUCCAUUGACGUAGAGAAAGAUGAAAAAGGAAAUAUUCCUACAUUGUCUGAAUUGAGUAGUGGAGAUAUGCCGUUAGCUCAGAUAAAAAAGAACAAAAAGACUAAGUCAGAAUCAGUUGUAAAUAAAGAAAUGUCUGUUAAAAAGAAAACCAAAGUAAAAAAAUCUUUAGGAUAUGAUUCGGAUGAAAGUUCUGAAGAAACACUUUUAGCAAAAAAGAAAGAGAAAAUCAAAGACAAAACUGCGAAUGAAGAUUCUGUUAAAAGUGCUAAAAGAAAAAGGAGAUUAUCUGAGAGUUCAAGUGCUAGUACGGGGGACACGCCUCUCAUAAGAAAGUCAAAGAAACAGAAACUUAAUAAAACAUCAAGUAAAGAGAAUGAUUCAAAUUCAGAACUCAGUGAUGUAAGUACUGGUGAUACACCUCUGGUUUAUAAAAAGAAACUUCGAGUCAGGAUUGAGAAAGUAAAUGUACAUAUCCCAGAAACUGUAAAAGAUUCUGGAACAAAAUCUGGUGAAAAAAUGGAAGAAAGCACUGACGACUUAGAUACUCAUAAAAGUAAAAAUAAGAAGGGUAAAAAGGAACUCCCUUGUGAAGAAAGUGAAAAUUCCGAAGAUUCUCCACAAAAAGCUGAAAACUGUGAUAAUAUUAUUGACAAUGAUUCUCCAUUGAAAAUGGUUAAAGGUCAUCGUAAGGGGCAGAAAAGACUUGAAAGUAGUUCUGAGGGAGGGUCUCCGCUUAAGAAGCCACCAAAAAAGAAGAAGACGAACCAGAAGGAGGUUCCCUCAGAUAGUGUUGUUAAUGGAGCGAGCAGUCAGUCAGACCCUACAAGGUCACAAGUUUCUGACAGUUCUGAUGCUGACAGUGAUGACUCUGAUGAUGUACCUCUGGCAGUAAUAAAACAAACAGUAAAAACCAAGAUGUCUGAUUUGUCCUCAGACAGUGAGGAUGAUCUUCCACUAAGCAAGACUAAAGCAGCUCAAAGUAAAGAAGAGAUGACAACUAAAGCCAAGAGUAAAAAGCAGGUUGAAAGUGGUCCAGUGUCAGACCAUGCCUAUCUUAGGCAGUUAAGGCAGAUCUGUCGAGAAUGUCAGAUGUUUGUUCGCAACGAUCGAGAACUGGCUGGAUGUAACACAGACAAGGAGAAAAUAGAAAAAUUAGAACAAAUGUUACGGAAUGUUGGAAUGAAAGGAAAACCAAGCAUGAAGAAAGCAGAGGAGGUGAAGUUAAUGAAAGAAGCAAAGGAACUGAGUGCCGAGAACAUAAUAUCCAGUGAAACUGGUCGUGUUAUGAGAAAAGUGAAAAGUAUUUGGGCAAGAAGAACUAUAUCUCCAGUUAAACCAGCAAAGUCCGCAACUGGAAACCCAUUUGCUGGUCUCGAGGAUAUUGUUGACAGUGAAGGGACAGAGAGUGGUUGAGGAAAAAGUUAUACAAAGCAGAAAUGCCCUUCUGGGAGCCUCAAAUACAUUGUGG